GCUUGCUUACCACACCACCGCAACAUUUAUGAAAAGUGAGUGAGCGACGGUUCAUUUGUGGCGAAAUUGCCAACCCGUUCGCAUCUGUUUUGUUGAUCGCAGCGCGUCGUCUCCGCGUUCUCGGCAGGUGUUGUCGUCGUCGUUGGAGUGAAGUUGUGCCGGUGUUAGCAAUCGUGUCGUUAGAAAACGAAAGUGGUUCUUCUCUUUGGCAAGUGUGGCCCCUUGUCUGGAGGACGUGUUGUGUGUGGUGCAACGGAAAAUGCGGCUGCUACGGGCGGCCUUGGUGGCCCUGUUCUUAGCAGGAACGGAGCUCCUGGCAGCCCCACUGGCUGCCGACCGCGAUCGGGAUCGAAUCGAUCCACUCAACUCACAGGACUUCUUCAGCAGCACCGUCAACCGAACGAAACGAAAAUCCAAAGCGCUCGCACUGGCAACCAACAUGAUCAUGAACCGGCUGGAACAAGGCGGCGAUCCGUAUCAGUUCCGUACAGCACAACAGGAGGAGAGCUUCGACCGGCUAUCACGUUCCCCAGCGGCGAAUUCUCGCCAACGAACGCGCCAAGUGGACGAUGAGGAGGACGUCGACGAAACGACUCCGUUCGGUGAGGGCGGCAAGGUCACCCUGCAGAUCCCGGGGAAAGUGUUCGGAAGUGCAACGAACUUGUUUCUGACGGUGGCGAAGCUGUUUGGCGAUUAUAUUACGAACUCUGCAAUUCGAACGGCGCGGUUUAUGCAACUAUUUCAACCUCUGUUCGGACGAAAUUUGUACAUCUACAUUCCGCCAAGCACAACGGAAUCGAAUGAAAUUUGAGCUCAACUGUGUAUCUAGUUAGUUAGUUCGAACAGCACACGAAACGUUGAUAGGUUCUAGGAUUUAUUAUGCUACUAGCUGGAAGGGUCAAUUGGUGUGAAAGCUUUUCCUAAACAAUGAUCGUUUAGAAAAAUGCUUACUGUAAUUGAUAGGAUAGGUUACUAGAAGUACGUGUAUUUAUGGAACAUUUUCAUCAUAUUAAUUGUUACUGAAAAAGGUGCUUAGAUUUGGAACGAAAAUCUCUCUGAAAAAAAAAAAAAAUAAGCUGACUCUCUGUUAUUCGUUUGUACAAGUUUUGUAUAUUUAUUUACAAUAAAAGACUUUUGAGUGAGUCACUCCAUAUCUUUAGGAAUUUCUAUCACCAGAUUGUUGCCGAAAACCGGUUGCACAAAACGGACAAGUUUUGCAAAACGAACGGCGCUUCGCUGGAAGUAAAAAAAAAGACAGGAAGUUGUUUUUAUUACAGGAUUGUAAAUUUUAUGAGUAUUGGUAUAACAAUUAAAACAGACUUUAAUGACUAUUAGAGUGGAACUAGAAAUAAUUGUUUCACGGAGUUAAACUAGCUCUCAGAGAUUAAUCUUUGUUUUUUAAUUACUUAAACAUUGGAAAAAUAUCUGAUUUUGAUGCUUGAGUUAAGUCACUUUUUUCCAUUAAAGUACACCUAUUAUGUUUCCGUAUAUUUUAUCGUUUUCCUUAAAUCAAGAUUGUUUUAAAACACUAAUGAAUGAGUUUUAGAAAUUAAUAUUAAUAAUAAUAUUGAAAAUAUGCAUAAAAUAGUGUGUCAAAGUUUGAAAAAAAUCUGCGACAUGUCACAAGCUUCACGGCAGGUUAAAGAAAAAUGGUUAGGAAUAGGAGUCGAAUUUAGGCUAAGAUUUGAUUUUUCUUCCAAAUGAGUUCAAAAUUUUGAAGUGAAAAUUAUAUUUUGAAUGUGGAUAAGUUAUUUUAGAGAAGGGAUUUUUGAUUUGAAAUUGAAUUUAAAUGUGAUUUGAACUCAAAUUUGGGUUCACAUCUAGAUGAAAAUUUUUCUUUCCAAUUUUGUUCUAGCUUCAGUUGGGACAGAACUAGGUUUAAAAGCAAAACUAAUGGACUGAAAUCAAACCUUAGAGGAUUGUUUGUACUCGCAAUUGAGUUUGGGAUCGAGAAAGGGAUUAGAACUGGAAUUG